CGUAGAACCAUAACUAGAAAAUUCUUGGCUCACAGUUCUCUACCACAAAGAACCUCUUACUAGUUAAUAUAAUUACUAUUAACCAUGCCUACUACUACUCAUGUAUCAAAUUUUCCAGCUCCAUUAAUGCUCGUUCUACUCCUACUAGGAGUAGGCGCCAAUGCCCAGUUAUCUUCAAAUUUCUAUUCUUCCACAUGUCCUAACCUUCUUUCUAUUAUCAAAACGGCUGUCGACUCUGCUGUCAGGGGAGAUGCUCGUAUGGGGGCAUCGUUGCUUCGUCUCCAUUUUCAUGAUUGCUUUGUUAAUGGGUGCGAUGCAUCAGUGUUGCUGGACGACACAGCGAAUUUUACUGGAGAAAAGACCGCUGCCCCGAAUGUCAAUUCAUUGAGAGGAUUCGAUGUGAUCGACACCAUCAAAACUCAAGUCGAGAGUUCCUGCCCGGGCAUCGUCUCCUGUGCUGAUAUCUUGUCUGUUGCUGCCCGAGAUGGCGUUGUCGCUCUGAACGGGCCAAGCUGGGCAGUUGCACUUGGGAGAAGGGACUCAACCACCGCAAGCUUGAGUGCUGCAAACAGCCAAAUCCCCGGACCAAACUUGAACCUCAACGCCCUCAUUACUUCCUUCUCUAACAAGGGCUUCACAGCCAGGGAGAUGGUUGCUCUUUCUGGAUCGCACACGAUAGGACAGGCAAGGUGCACAACUUUCAGGAACAGAAUCUACAACGAAGCCAACAUAAACGCCUCAUUCGCAGCCUCCGUGCGAGCAAACUGCCCACAAAGCGGCGGAAACAACAACCUUUCACCGCUGGACGUGGUCAGCCCCAAUGUUUUUAACAACGACUACUUCAGGAAUUUGUUGAGCCUGAGGGGGCUGCUCCACUCCGAUCAGCAGCUUUUCAGCAACGGAUCGACGGACGCUCAAGUGAGAGCUUACAGCACUAAUUCCGCUGCUUUCUUCAAUGAUUUCGCAAGUGCUAUGGUGAAGAUGUCAAACCUUAGCCCCCUCACUGGAACCAAUGGCCAGAUCAGGAGGAACUGCAGGAGGACCAACUGAUAAUAUACAAACCUCUUUGUGAUCAUUUUGAUGUACUACUUUUAACUUUUCCUUUUCUGUCGGGCCUCUUUUCUUGUUAAUGUUAACUCGACGUGGAGUUUUGUAUACGCGAAUGUCGUGACAAAGUCAAUAAAGUUGAUGCCAAGUGUCGGUGUGAAUUAUAAUUGUACGUAGUUGAAAAUGCUACAUUCUUGUGUCUU